AAAUAAAAUAAACUUCGGCAAUGUAGACCGGUAAGUGGUUGUUUUUAUUGCUUAAACAUUUUAUGCCAAUUUUUUUUCACAAAACCCUAACAACUGUGCUUAAUUUAUUCAGAAACCCAAAUCGAAGAUCACGGCGUCCAGGAGGUUGUUCCUAAAGACAAAGAUGCUGAAGAAAGCAACCUCCAUGCUCGCAACUGAAAAAGAAGAGAAGCAGAUUGAGAGAGAGAACACCUUACGUGAAAGAGUGCCACCUUUGCAACUCUCCGGUCUGUCCGUUCAAGAGCUUCAGGCUAUUUGCAAAGAACUCCAUCAGAAGAUUGAUGUUGUAGAUGAGGAGAGGUAUGAUAUCUUGGCCAAGGUGACCAAAAAUGAAAAAGAGAUUACAGAUUUGAAUAUAAAGAUUACUGGACUUCGAGGUAAAAUGAAGAGACCCGCUCUCAAGAGGGUGAAGAUCUCUGCUGAUGCUGUGUUAGGCGCUCUUCUAGGCUCCAGGGUCAAAGAAUCGGUGGAUUUCAAAGCAAACCUUAAGACGGUGAAGAAAGAAGAGGAGAAGAAAGAAGAGGUAACAGAUUGGCGUAAGAACGUGGAAGCCAUGACUGGAAUGGAGGGCAGGAAGAAGCUGUUUAAUGCCGGUCAAUAGAGGAUAACAGCUGCAUCAGAUCUGACAUCAUGGCUAAUACCAGAAAAUCCUCUGAAACUGAAAAAGCAAUGCCACGAGUCUAUGUAUAGAAGUCUAUUGUGUAGGAGAACUAUACCCUUUGAAGUAUCGUUGCGCUUGGGGUCAUGACCUGACAUUAUUUUAGUUUAUAGAUGCGCUACUUGUUUUCAAAAAUAUCUAAAUGACAUGUCUUAAAGACUUAAAAAACUUAAAACUUAAACCUCAAUACCACAACUUCUUAUUUACAAUUCUUCUGUGAUGUCUUAUCGGAAAAAUAAACAAAUGUAGAUUAAAGAAAA